AUGUACCAGAGCCUGGCGCUGUCGUCCAACCAGUCCCCUUACACGCAUGACGCCGGGAAUUACAUCCACCCGUCGUCCAGUUCUCCGGUCUACGUCCCCACCACCAGAGUUCCUGCCAUGCUGCCCACCCUGCCCUACCUGCAGACCUGCGACUCUCCCCACCAGUCUCACGGCCUCGGCGGGCACCACGGCUGGCCCCAGGCCCCGGGCAAUGACGGCUCCUCCUUCACGCCCAGCAGCCCUCACCCUCCGCACGGCUUCUCCUACUCGCACAGCCCGCCCGUCAGCAGCAACACCGGCCGGGACGCGACCUACCAGAGCCCGCUGGUUCUCGGAAACGGCGCUCGGGCGGAUCAGUACGGAGGCGCUCUGGUGCGCUCGGUCGGAGGCUCCUACUCCAGCCCAUACGCCUACAUGAGCCCGGAGAUGGCGACGUCCUCCUGGACGCCAGGACCAUUCGAGAGCGGAGUGAUCAGCCUGCAGGGACGGCAUGGAGGACUGUCCGGGAGAAAGUCCAGUCUGGAGCUGAUGGAUGACAUGUCCGCUGAGGGCAGGGAGUGCGUCAACUGCGGCUCCGUGUCCACGCCGCUGUGGCGCAGGGACGGUACCGGACACUACCUGUGCAACGCCUGCGGCCUCUACCACAAGAUGAACGGCAUCAACAGGCCGCUCAUCAAACCACAGAAGCGCCUGCAGACCACAUCUCGUCGGGCCGGCCUUUGCUGCACUAACUGCCACACCAGCACCACCACACUGUGGAGACGCAACGCGGAGGGAGAGCCUGUGUGUAAUGCCUGUGGCCUCUACAUGAAGCUGCACGGGGUGCCCAGACCUCUGGCCAUGAAGAAAGAGAGCAUUCAGACCAGGAAGCGCAAACCCAAGAUGCCCAAGAAUAAAACAUCCUCAGGAUCCACCCCCUCUGACACCAGCUCCCCAACCCCGCUCUCCAUCUCAGAACACGCCUCCACCAUUAAGAGCGAACCCAAUAUGGCUCCUUCACCCUACGCUGGACAGACCGUCACAUCUGCCACUCCGACAGCUUCUCAGUUAGACAGCAUAGGAUCAGGACAUGUGGACAUUAAAUAUGAGGACUAUCCCUUCACCCCCACCUCCAUGGCCUCACAGAACUCCUGGUGUGCUCUUUCUCAAGCGUGA